ACGGACAACAAUAACAACAAACCCGUGUUACCACUCAGAAAAAAGUAUCUUUCGUUUUAUCAUUAAAAAGCAUUGAAAACAGUAAUUUCAAAAGUUACGCCACAAACAAUGAACAUAUGUCGGGUGUGUAUGGAGAAUGGGACCGAUCAGUUGAUACCAGUAUUUUCUAAGCUGGAUGACGUGUUCAUCGCGAACAUCAUAGUGGAGUGCACCUCGAUACAAAUCCUGGAGGACGAUGGUUUGCCGAUGUCGAUCUGUCAGACAUGUGUGGCCGACCUGAGGAACUUUAUUGGAUUCAUAAAAAAAGCUCGUGAGUCUGAUCGGAAGUUGAGGAAGAUUUUCAAAUUGGAAGUAAAAACAGGGAUCGGUGACGUUCAAUACAGUGAAGAGAACAAAAACUGGGAACCAGCACUACAGCUAUCCGUUUUUACAGACGAGAUAAUAGAAGUAAAACCUGAAAUUGACUCCGAAGAGGAUGAAAUUGGCCAAAAUGCUGGUAAAACAGAUGGUAGCGAACCGAUUGAUGAAGACAAUGAUGUUGCGGACGGGAACGAUUGCGACUGGAGAAGUGAUGAAUCGGAUGACGAGAAAAUAGAAAAAAGGAGCGGUCGCAGGAGGAAAUAUAAGUGGGCUGAAAGCAAUUCGGAUUCGGAACUUGAAAUUAAAAGAACGAAAAAAGGGAGGAAACCUGGCAGAAAACCAAGGAAUGUGGAAGACGAAGAGGAUGAUUACGAAGGAGAGGACGUUUUGGACGAGAAGGAGUUGGUUGUGUUCAACAUAAUUGAAGUACAGAAGGCUCAAUUGGUAUGUUGUGCAUGUCUUCAGAUUUUCGAAAACUCGGAUGAGCUCCAGGCCCACGGCGAGCGAAAUCAUAUUAAGAAACGACGUGUUAACAUGUCGAAAACGAAUAUUUGUGAAAUAUGUUAUAGGAGAUAUUCCACGCCAUAUGCAUUGAAAACACACAUUCGACGCACGAAGGAAGCGUCUAAAAUUUAUGAUUGUACGAAAUGUACAGCGAGGUUCAUUGAUAGGAAUCGUCGUCGUCAACACGCCCAUAAUCAUCCUCGAGAGAAGGAAAUCGCACCAUCUAAAAUAAUAAUCGCCCCCAUUCCAAUGGUAAUGCAAGAGGAAUAUGGUCGUAUUUGCUGUGCCCAAGCUUGCUAUCAAUCGUUUGAGACUGAAGAACUUCUAAUUGCUCAUGCUCAUACAAUUCAUAAAAUGAAUAAAGUAGAGCAGUCGUUGGACGAAAACAAAGAUAAACCUAUCGAGUGUCCAGUGUGCUUCAAACGAUUCUACGAUGAAAUUUCACUCCAGAGGCAUCAACAGCGCAACUACAAACCCCUAAGUCAUCAGUGUUCCGUCUGUGGACUUAAGCUGCGUGGUGGAGAAGCUCUGGCCAACCACGAGCGCUCGCAUCGUAACGAGAAACCUUUCGAGUGUGAAGUGUGCCAUAAAAAUUUUACCAGUAAGGGUAGCCUUAAAGCUCACAUGAUGGUACACAGUGGAGAAAAACCAUUUGUCUGUUCCACUUGCGGGUGGAGCUUUCGACGGAAAAGAAACUUGCAGGUGCACGUCUUGUCCCACUCCAACAGUCAGCCUUUUCAGUGCGAGGUGUGCCAAAAAGCGUUUAAAUCAAAGGUACAUCUGCAAUACCACAUGAGAACUCACACGGGAGAGAAGCCGUAUCCGUGUCGAUACUGUGAUAAAGCAUUUGCUGAUCAUACCAACAGACAACGACAUGAGAUGUCACACACUGGUAUAAAGCCAUACAAAUGCACCUUUUGUGACAAGACAUUUAUCAGAAAGCGAUUCCAGGUGGAUCAUGAAAGUACACACACAGGUAUUAAACCGUAUCGAUGUGAUAUGUGCAACCGUACCUUUAGCCAAAAGACAGCACUCAAGCGGCAUCUAGAAUCGCAUCCGCUUGCGCCAGAAAAUGCGAUAGCCCUAGCUGCUCCGUCGCCAAUGCCUUUAACAUCAUCCCAACUAAUCGGAGAAUCCACGAUUUCAUCACCGCUUCCAGCCCAAUCUGUUGCAUCGACGACAUCUCAUGCUGCCACAUCAAUGAGUGAACCAGGUCCCAGUGGUGGCUUUUUCCAGCAUCCACAGAACUCGAGUGUAUGCUUACAUCCUACUAUUUAAGGAAAAAUAUUGUAUUAUACCGAAUCAAUUUAAAACUGUAUUUAUUUGGAAAA